CAUAUUAUUUAUUAGUUUAUUAGACAAUCAGCUUUGUCAAUGACGCCAUUAUGCGAAUAUUUAAUGAUAAAUUAGUGAAUUCGAUUAAUAAACUCUAAUUCAUAUUUAUUAUGUUAUGUAACGAAACACAAGAAUACAGUUUUUGUCGCCUGUCUAAUACUAUUACUGAAUAAAAAAAAAAAAAAAAAUGUAUAAUAUGUUAAUAAAAAUGUAAUAUUCGUGUUUGGUAAACGGUGGUGUAAUUUGCAUAUAAAUGUUUAAAUACAGAUUAAUCGCUAAACUGAUUACCACUGAAUAUAUAAUAUAGCCAAUCUGAUUUUAUGUACUCUGUCUAUCUCUUACAAUAACUAGUCAUGACUUGCCGUCUAUCCAAGCCGUUUAGUAGCAUACCUGAACCCAAAAGAUGGCCUCUACUAGGCCACACACAUUUGUUCAUCCCAAAAAUUGGUCCUUACAACUCUUUACGCUUGACAGAAGCUAUGGGUGACAUAGAAUGUAUGUUGGGCCCAGUGUUUAAACUGAUCUUAAGUGGCAAGACAAUGAUUGUUGUUACAAGAGUAGAAGAUGCCAAAACUAUGUUUGCCCAUGAAGGCAAACACCCAGCAAGACCCAUAUUUCCGGCUUUAAACCUACUCAGAAAAAAACCAUUUGGCACUGGAGGAUUAGUAUCUGAGAACGGUGUAGAAUGGUAUAGACUGAGAAAAGCUAUUGCUCCUUUAAUGACAAAAAAUAUUUAUGAAAGUUACAUUCCUCAGCAUAAAGAAGCAGCAUUAGAUUUCGUUGAAUAUAUAAAAUUGUACCGAAAUAAAGACAAAUGUUUGAAAGAUAUGUUUUAUCACUUGACUAAAUUUGCCAUUGACGCAAUUUCUAUAGUCUCGCCUGGAUUAAGAAUAAAAUGCUUAAAUACUACCAUGUCUGAAUCUAUUUUGGAAGCCGGAAAUAAAUUCAUGAAUGGAUUGUACAACUCUCUCAAAGAACCACCUAUAUGGCAAUUUUAUAAAACAAAUGCCUAUAAAAGUCUAGAAAGCUCACAUUCCACGUGUAUGAAAAUUUUCAGUUUUAUUGAUGAGUACCUGAAACAGGCACAUGAACACAAUGCUCUAGUUAAUGCUAUUAAUACAAAUACAAAUUUAUCAAAUACUGAUAAAAAUUUACUUGUAUUAGAAAUAUUUUUUGGAGGGAUUGAUGCUACUGCUACUACUUUAGCAAUGACAUUGUAUUAUAUUUCUCAAAAUGAAAGUAUACAAAAAGCUUGUCAAAAGGAUGUUCAACAAGGUACAAAAGCAUAUCUAACAGCUUGCAUAAAAGAAACACUUCGACUCUCCCCUACUGCAGGUGCAAAUGCCAGAUAUCUUCCAAAAACCAGUGUCAUUGGCGGUUAUGAAAUUCCAGCAAAUACAUUGGUGAUGGCGUUUAAUUCUUUAACUUCGAUAAAAGAAGUAUACUUUAAAAAUCCAUUAGAGUAUCAGCCCAGCCGAUGGCUAAGAAAUUUUAACAACCAAAAGUUUGAUCCAUACGCUUCGUUACCUUUUGGACAUGGACCUAGAAUGUGUCCAGGAAGACAUGUUGCUAUGCAAGAAAUGACAAUACUCCUGUCUGAAUUAAUUAAAAACUUUAAAAUCAGUAUACCAACCGAACAUUCAAAAAAAAUUGGCAUGGUCUAUCGCAUGAACAGAAUACCAGAUGGUCGCAUAGAUUUAAUAUUUCACAAUAGAUAAACACAUUUUUUUUUUCCAAAACAUUAUUUAUUUUUUUGUUAGUUUUUUU